AUGGGAACGUGGAUACUUGUUGCACACUAUAUUACAUAUCUUUUAUCUUUAUGUGAACACGGUGAUCUACAUUUACGUGGUGCAUGUACAAAUUUACUUGUUACAUUAAUUCAAACAACAAUUCAUCUUUUAACACUAUCAUUAUUAUCAAAUUCAUUUCAUAGUUCUUUUAUUAAUCAACGUUCACUUCUAUCAACUGAUUCACAAGAUAGUUCAAGUCAUGCAUUUACAAUCAUAAGAAUUGAAUUAUUAGAAGAUUCUAUUCAACAUAGUACAAGUUCCUGUAUUCUUGCUAAACAUUCAAAUAAUGCUAAUUUAAUGCUAAUACCAAAGCAUUCAUUAAUUAAUUCUAAUGCCAAUAAUGCUUUUGCAUUAGCGUUAAUAGUUAAUGCUAAUGCACAAGCAUUAGCAUUAUCUCAAUACUAA